UUUGUAUUGUCAUCGUGCAAGUUCUGAAAGUUUAAUCUGAAAUGCAACUGUGUCAACACAGAAGAAGAGGACACUUAAUUUGGAAGCAAAUUUUCUGGGUUAAGAAGAAACUGUAACCAGGCGUAUUAAAUCCAAAACUUCCAUGGCAAAGUGGUUUAAAGAGUACCUCAGUUUUUGGAAUAGGAGGACCCCACCACAACCUCCUAAACCAGAUUACACUGAAAGUGAAAUUGUACGUGCAUACAGAGAACAGAAGAGCCUGGAUUUUGAAGAUCCAUAUGAGGAAAAACACAAUGAGUCUGUAUUUCAUGAAUCCAUAGCUGUAACUGAUAGGCUUCAAGGGACCACCAUGUCUCAAAGACAGCGUCUUAUAAAGGUGGAGCAGACAGAAAAUGACCGGCACAGGCACACUGGACAGGCAGAGGAUGGUGACAUGACUAGUGAGGUUGCAGUCAGCAAUGAAUAUUCUGACCCUUUUGAAGUUAAUAACACAGAGAUUUCAAACCACAAAGAAACGGAAAACAAGAGUUACAUGGGACCAUACAAGAAUUUGACACCGGUUGGAGAAAAACAGAAGGCAGAAUUGCUGUUAUAUCGCUGUCCUCAUGAGAAGAAAAACUGGCCAACCUUCCAUGACAGCUGGCAGCCUUCUGAUGAUGAGAGGCCUGCUGAUGAAUAUGACCAGCCCUGGGAGUGGAAGAAGGAGAAUAUCAACAGAGCUUUUAAAGUGCAGUUUGAAGGGUCAAGUUGGAAAAACAAUUCUCACAAAUAUAAAGAUCUACAACCUAGUUCUUGGAGUCUCAACCCCCCACAACCUCACAGCCCAUGUUUCAACCCAAAGUUUAAGGAAGAAAAUGAGUCCAUCUCACAAGAUACAAUACAUUCCUUAUUUGGAGAAAACCAGGACACCAAACUAUCACUACAAAGAGAAGCAUGGUACCAUGGAGAAAUAAGCCGAGAAGAUGCUGAGAGGUUGCUAUGUGAAACUGAUUUGGGCAGCUUUUUAUUGCGCACUGAAAACGAUGGUGUCUGUUACCUCUCUGUGCGGGGUUGUGAAAGCAUACUUCAUGUCAAUGUGGCAUGUGUAGAAGAUCGUUUUCAGCUUGGUGACAUUGGCCCAUCCUUUCCAUGCAUUCAGGAUCUGAUUCAAUAUUAUCUCCAAAGCCCACUUUUUGUCCCUGGUGAAGGACAAGUGUCUCUCAAGUGUCCAGUGGAAAGGUGACAGCAAGGUGAUAUCUGUACUGAGUGACUUUUUCAGUGACCUGCGACAUGCUUUUUAUUAUUCUAUUUAAUAUCUCAUCUUUGUUUUAAGUUGGGGAAAUAGAAU